AAGUAUGAAACAAUGCUAGUUUUAAAAUACGUAGAAUUGUAUAAUAAAAACAUUCCGUAAGUUUUACAGUCAGAUUCGCAACGAUAACGGAGAUAUUCCGGGUUAAAGUAGGCGGUUCUCGCACCUGUCUAAAACCAAUCAACGCUACUUCCGGUUUUACCAUAAAUAGCGAAAAACCCCGCAUGACGUCACAUCACAUCAAGUUCAAAAUGGCGAGUACAAAUAACAGCAGCGAAGCCUCCGAUUCUGCGUCCGAUAUCGACUUACAUAUGUCGUUUGAGGCCUCAUCCUUCGAAGAAACACAAGAAGAACAUUUCCAGAAUGUAGCCCCUUAUCGAUUUGAACCUGAGGCGAGUGAUUCUAGUGAAUCUGAUGGCUCAAGUGAGGACGAUGUCGACAACCCACAGCGGCUCGGCAAUACGGACUGGUAUGACUUUCACGUUCACUUGUGGAAACCCACACUCAGAGAAAGUAUAUGCUGCACUGAAAUCACCAGGAUUGAUGAAAAGAGAACAUCUUAUCAGAAAGAAUUGCCUUGCAUUACAGAACACCCUGGAUUCCAAUCUGUUUGUCUCGACAUCUACGUCUUGGAGACAGCCUAUUAUCAGUAUCGUUCCCAGUACGGGGAAUUGCAAAAGACCAUUGAACAAAGAAACAGAUAUACAGCAUAUCGUCAGCUUGUUCGUUGGUGUUGGGGCUACCUGGGGAAGAGUGUUCGUGUCCCACUUCCCUCUUGUGCAGUUACAAAGAUACACCAUUCCUUCAGUUCUGAAGAGUAUCAAGGAUUCAGAGACCCUGAAUGAGGUGAAGAAAAUCACUGCACAGAGGAGGUGGUUGCAACUGAGGCAAACAGAGCGCAGGUGGAAAGGCGGGUGCUGGUGUCCGGGAUGAUACCUCAACGUAUCGUAGAGUCUCUGUCAUCAAA